AUGUAUAUGUCCAAAUAUUUAAUGUGAUGGAUGAAAAGUUUUUUUUUUCGACUAAACAAGCCAUUAGACAAUUAUACUAUAAGUUUACUUUACUGCCAUUGGGCCUAAAAUACAUGACCAGCCCACACAGGACUUAACCCACACAAAAAAAAAAAACAGUAGCAUCACGAUUCACGAGCAAUGGAUCAAAAACAAGAUGAAAUAUUGAAGAAAGAUAGAGCGGAGCUUCUGCAAGCUCAGGCAGAGCUCUGGUGCCACACUUUUGGCUAUCUCAAAUCCAUAGCACUCAGGUGCGCCGUAGAGCUUGGCAUCCCCAACGCCAUCCACCGCAAUGGAGGCUCUGCUUCACUGCCCGAGCUGCUUGGCACUCUCCCUCUCGCGGCAAACAAACGAUCAUGCUUGCCUCGCCUCAUGAGAUUCCUAGUCUCUUUCGGAAUCUUCAAAGAAGACAUCUCAAGGGAGGGAACAACAACAACAACAAGCGUGUAUCAGCUCACACCGGUAUCUCGCCUCCUUGUUGAUGGUAUUGGCAUGAACAGCAACACUGAGCACACAUGCCAAUCAACCUAUGUGCUCGUGUGCGUCUCACAGCUUCAAGUAGGGGCAUCUUUGUGCUUGGGAAUUGGCUCACGAGCAGCGAUGAGAACACCCCAUUUGGAAUGGCGCAUGGCAUGGAUUUCUGGGAUUUCACCGGCCAUGAUGCCGAGUAUAGCAUGCUGUUCAACAAAGGGAUGGCGUCCGACAGCCACUUCGUGGUGAACAUAGUCAUCCAUGAGUGCGCCGAGGUGUUUGUGGGGGUAAGGUCGCUAGUUGAUGUCGGUGGUAGGAAUGGCGCGAUGGCGAAGGCAAUUGCUGAUGCCUUUCCACACAUAAAGUGCUAUGUUUUGGACCUCCCUCAUGUUAUCCAUGGCACCCCAACUGAUGGUAUUGUUGAGUUUGUUGCAGGGGACAUGAUGCACUUUGUUCCGUCAGCAGAUGUUGUGUUACUCAAGUUUGUACUACAUGAUUGGAGCGAUGAGGAUUGCGUAAGAAUCUUGACACGAUGCAAACAAGCUAUAACUAACAAGGAAGAAGGAGGCAAAGUGAUAAUUAUAGAUACAGUGAUUGGAUCACCAUCUCAACAGAUACUUGAAGCUCAACUUUCAAUGGAUAUAUGCAUGAUGACGUUGACAACAGGCAAAGAACGAGAAGAGAGAGAUUGGCAUAAGAUAUUCUUGGAGGCGGGCUUUACACGAUACAAGAUUAUGCCCAUCUUAGGGGUUAGAGCACUUAUUGAGGUUUAUCCAUAACAUAUUAGAUGAAU